CCCAACAGUACCAAUAGCGAUGAUGCUUCUUCAAGCUGUACUAUUCAUACACGUAUAUGACUUCAAAGAGAGAAACAUUCACAGUAUGGAUGAAAUCGCUUGUUAUGCAAGGAAACGGAUGCACUGCGUUUGAUGAAAACGGAGAGGUCGUUUAUCGAAUCGAUAACUACGACAACAAGCACAGCAACGAAGUUUAUCUCAUGGAUCUCCACGGAAAACUUCUCUUCACUGUGUGUGAGAAGAAAAUCUGCGGCUUUCCAAGUUGGAAGGGAUGUAAAAAUACUGGUGCCAAUAAGCCAUUUUUUCAAGUGAGAAAAAGCUGGAGAUCGCUUCUUGGAAAGAAAGGGUUUUCUUAUAAAGUAACCAUGAGAUCUGAUAGCAGUUUUUACAGGUUAGAGGGUUUGAGUGGUAAAUCAUCAGAAUUCAGAAUCACAGAUGGCAAUGGAGGAGUUGUAGCAGAGGCAAAGAGAAAGCAGUCAAGUUCAGGAGUUGUAUUGGGAGAUGAUGUGUUCACUUUGGUGGUGGAGCCUCAUGUUGAUCACUCCUUCAUCAUGGCUCUCGUCACUGUUUAUGGCUUAAUUAGACAUCAAAUCUGACUUAGGGUUAGCUGUGUCAAAUAGACAAACAUAAAUACAUAUACUUGUAGCAAAUAGUGGUUCUUAGUGAAAUCAAUUGAGUUUCUUGACCAAUUUUUCUCAAGAUUCCAACCCUUUUGGUGGGAAUUCCACCCCACUUGUAUCAA